AUGGCCCCGAUGCACCACCACCGCCGAAGAUCCGGUCAUCUCUCUGGCAACUCGUCGUUGACAGACGUCCGCAAGGCCGUCACGGCGACAGAUCCUUCACACAAGAAGUAUUCAUCUCGACCUUCGAUGACCAGGAGGACCACCCCCCAGACCGCCCCGAAGCUGGGAAAGAAUCCCCGGGAUCGCGAGAAGGAGCUUGAUGAACAGCGCUGGUGGUAUGAAGAGCGGGAGAGCUUCCCGGAGUAUUGCAUGAUCUGUGAAAAGCAAUUCGUCCCGUUAGAUGACCAAUCCUUGUACUGCUCUGAAGAAUGCCGCAUGCAUGACCAGAACAGCGCGAGCAUCUCUACCGUGUCAAACCACUACACGAGCAGUCACACGGCCACCCAAUAUCCGUUCUACUCGGGCCCGCCAGAACCCAGGGAUAUCAUACCCCGCGCUUCCCCUUCCCGCCCGAGUUCUACGCACGUUGCCCCGCCCGUCACCCCCGCAUCGGCGAUGGCAGCCCUCAAGUCGCUGUCGAUCAGGCCGGCAAGUCCCACCUCGCCGGUAGGGACGUACCACCAGGGCAUCUGGCCAUUCGCCCGGAGCGUUACCGCAACAAGUCCGACCAAUUCGUACUCGAGGCAAAACGCGGGCGUCUACGCAUCUACUUAUGACGGUGCCUACUACGGUGGCGGCGCCGAUUACUACGGGACGAGCUCCGACCGGCCGCUACCUUCACGCAAACCGGCGGCGUACUCGAGACCCAAGAGCAUUGAGCUCGUGACGCCCAUGUUGGGGCGGUAG